AUGCAGCUUGCGCCAGGAAGCACGGCAGACCAAUGGUUUGAUGAAAGCAUCCUAUCAUGCAGCUCAUUUGCGCAUCUCCACCGAGAAUUCAUGCUAAGGUGGCCGCCACCAAAAACCACCACAGUACUCCCGAGCGCAACAGAAGGAACGAGUGAUGGCACAGACGUUGAAGAGGAAGAUAUUGGAGUAUGGUACCAGGGGAACCUACAGGCAACUAUGGACAACGUCAUCUGGGCCAAUAAGGUCAUGCGUAUCGCCAUGGGCAUGGGCGACAGCACAGGACUCUUAGUGGAAUACACAAUCGAAGGGAUACCCAACAUAUUGCACUUGUUCAUGCGCAUCGUGGCAAGAAUUCCCUCAAGACGUGGAGAGUGUACCAGCGGUCAAACUAAAGAGAGCCAAGGAAGACCUGAACAUGAACCGCACGCGAGACGCCAACAUUGCACAGUUGAAGGCUCAGAACUCAUCAGCGCUCAAUACUAUUCCCUUCCAAUUUUCACACUUAUCCAUGGACAAUGGCCGCCCGCACAACCAUAUGUUCGAGCGUCACACGCAUACACAAACACUAUCCCAUUCCUUACCACACCCCCUAACGCAAACCCAAAUGCUAUAAUAAGUCAAGGAGCGUCGAUGGCACCAAUUAGCAGACCAGUACGGGGCGCAGGAAUGACCCCUAUGGGGUGGCGAGGCAACCCAAUCAUGCGCACAGCCUUUACAAGGGCGCAGAUUAUGGAGAAGCUGAAUGCAGUACUGCAACGCCAGAACACAGAGGCAGGGCUCACAGUGCGUCACGACCAAAACCCUCCGGCCCCAAGAGUCAAGGUGGCGCCAGCACGUAGCAGCAAUGUUACGACGGGCAGUUCCAGGGCAGAUAACGACCCCACAUAUACGAUAGCACACGCUACGCAAGCAGUACACCCGUACUAUCAGCAAUAUGGGGCCCCAAUGACACCACCAGUGUUCGCAGUACAAGAAGAACAGAACUGGUGGGAGCACAGCAAUGUGUGGGCACAACAAGAAGCAGGAUAUGAAUGGGAGCCGGAAAACUACGGGGGACCCCUACCUACUGUGGAGCAGUAG